AUGAAUCACUUUCGGAAGUCUGCUAGACCAUUUUCGGAUGGUCCGCCGCUCAUUUGUCAGGGGGUGAGGAUUUUCCCCAUUCUCAGACAACCAGCUGAGAAAGAUGGCAAAUUGAUGGGUCCUCCUCCUGUCCCAAAUGUGGAGCCCGACCAAAAGUUGCCAUCUCUCACGACGGUCAACAGGGGUCGCGGUGUCCCAAAGGCUCAAUUUGACCGCAUGCGUGCGCCUCCAACCGGGCCUCCUUCAGUAACCGGUCUGGAUGCAUCCAAGGUGUCUCUUCAACUCUUGGAUUGCUUCCCACCGUCCAACAAUAUAAGAAGGAAGCUUGAGAAAAAGUUGACAUCACACACCACAAGGGUCAUCAGAGGGGAAAAGAUUGAAUAUGUACCUAUUCUUACCCGUGUGCCCCCUGCUGGAUCUUCACUUAUAGGUGCCUCUAAAGUGUCUCUUCCACUCUUGGAUUGCUUUCCACCACCCAAAAAUAUAACAAGAAAGCCUGAGCAAAAGUUGACAUCAAACACGAGGGUCCCCAGAGGGGAAAAGAUUCAAUUUGAACCUUUUCUUACCCGUGUGCCCCCUGCUGGAUCUUCACUUAUAGGUGCCCCUAAAAUGUCUCUUCCACUUCUGGGAAAGUUCACGCCCUUCAGACCUUUGCAACCUCGUCCACCCAUGUCAAUGAAGAGGACUUUCAGUACUGAACAUUCAGGCAAACACCUCGAUCUCCUGGUAAAGAACAGCACUGGACUCCCCAGACUGAACCCAAAAUGGAGGAUCUGAAUUUGCAUUUAAAAUGACUUGUAUUCUGUAAAUAGUUUUUUGUUGUUGUUGUAAUAAACAGUAAUUGUAGUAAAAUGUUAGUACUGUAUUUCUUUUCAAAAAUGCCAUCU